AUGUUCAAUCACACAGAUGCACCUCUUGAAUUUCUUCUUAGUAACAUCUCUGAUAUGCCGGCACUUCAGAUACCAUUGUAUGUGUUUUUUCUAAACUGUUAUCUCUUUACCAUGUUGGGGAACUGUGCAGUCAUUUUUAUCGUAUACUUUCAUCCUGCUCUCCACACCCCAAUGUACUUUUUUAUAGGGAACUUGGGAUUUUUAGAUGCCAUUUAUAUUUCUACAACUGUGCCUAAAAUGUUGAUCAAUUAUUUUAAAAAAAGAAAGACCAUUUCAUAUGUUGGAUGUGUGGCACAACUGUAUUUGUAUCUUAUGAUGGCAGCCACUGAGUCUACCUUGCUUUCUACCAUGGCUUAUGACCGCUAUGUGGCCAUUUGUCAUCCCUUGCGCUAUCAUGCUAUUAUGGACAAGAAGGUAUGCUUAGAACUUGCAACAACUUCAUGGAUUUUUGGUAUAUUGUAUUCCCUUAUUCACACUGGGAAUACAUUUAGGCUAAAUUUUUGCAAAUCCAUCCAAAUUGAUCACUUUUUCUGUGACAUUCCACCACUUCUGAAAAUUUCUUGCUCCAGUACAAUACUUACUGAAAUUAUUGUUUAUGUAGUUGGUGGAUUGCUGGUCUUAAUUUGUUUCCCACUGAUUAUUAUUUCCUAUGUCUUCAUUGUUAAAACUGUCUUUAAGAUCUCUACUGCGAAAGCCCGUACCAAAACAUGUUCUACUUGCAUAUCCCACUUCUUAUCAGUCAGUUUGUUUUAUGUUAGUGGAAGUUUUGCAUAUUUUUACCCUACAGAGCACAACUCAUUUAAUCAAUACAAAGUCAAUGCAUUGUUUUAUACUAUCUUACCCCCAUUACUAAAUCCACUCAUAUAUAGUUUGAGGAACAAGGAAAUAGAAAAGGUCUUUAAAAAAAUAAGUUAUUAA